GCGGAGCGGCGCGGCCAAUGGGGUGGGGAGGCGGGGCUCGCGCGCCGCCGUUACCGUCUCGCGCAGGAGGAGGUGGCGGGCGGGCGGCGGCGCCGCCAUCAUGAGUUACUCAGGUUAUGGAGACUGGAACUCUGGGACGAACAGAGGUUAUGAGGGAUACAGUUACGGCUAUGGAUACGGCCAGGAUAAUUCGGGGAAUUACGGAUAUGGCAUGGCCACAUCCAACUCCUGGGAAAUGGCCAAUUCGGACGUUGACAUGAACCCCGAUGGUUCGGGCGGGGGCAACGCCGACGCUGUCAUCGCGAAAAUGAACCAGCGCUUAGACAUGGUGUCGCACAUGGACGCGGACACGAUGCAAGGAGGACACUACGGGUCUGGCGGAGACAGGUACGACUCGUAUGAAUCCUACGACUCGAGGUCUUCGAUGAACGACCGCGACAUGUAUCGAUCCGGCUACGAUUACAAUGAGUCCGAACACGACAACGAUAACGCCUACGAAGGUCACUACGACAACUUUUACGGGAACCGCCGGGAUCAAUACCAGAACAGAGCACGGGAUAACUUCGGUCAACGGGGUCAAAAUUGGGGUAGAGACGGACGCAAUAACAGACCCAUGGCGUCUUCCUAUCCCGGGCGCAUGGGUGGACAGUGGAACGAGCCUCCGCAAUCGAUGGGAUCUCGAGGUCUCGGUCCCCAUGGCUCCUCCAGGCUCCCUUCCCUCUUCUCCCACAACAUUAUCCCAGAACUCAGCAUGUUCCAGGGAAUGCGAGGCUUUUCGGGAAAUAUGCGGUACGGAGGAGGAAUGAUGAAACAACGAAUGAGGAGAAACUGGAAAAUGUGGGACUCGGAUUUUAAACCCCAGAAAAAGAAAAUCAAAAAAGAUCCCACUGCGAAGAAGCGGAAGCAAACGAACAGCUCGGAUGAACCGGACAGCAAGGCGGCCAAGACAGACGGCUCCGAUAACUCCGACUCUGACAACGAGGAGGGAACGGAAGGAGAAUCGGGAGAAAAAGAGGAGAAAGAGGGCUCCAGAGGCGAGGGGGAAGACGAAGAAGGAAAAGAUUCAGAGAAAGGUGCUUUAACAAUUCAAGAAGAGAUCAGUCAAAUCAAACGCAAAUUGCAGGCGGGCAAGAAAACCCAAGAGAGGCAAAAGAAGAGGCAUCGGGAUCGCAUGGUAGAAAGGAUCCAGUUUGUUUGUUCAUUGUGCAAAUAUCGGACCUUUUACGAUGACGAGAUGAACAGUCACCUCGAGAGUAAAUUCCAUAAGGAACACUUCAAAUUUGUCGGAACCAAGUUGCCUCAACAAACAGCUGAUUUCCUCCAGGAAUACGUUGCUAAUAAAACUAGGAAAACCGAAGAGCGUCGUAAAGCAAUUGAAGACAUUAAUGCGGUGAUUCAGCAGAUUUAUAGGGACCAAGAUCUUACGCAAGAUGUUGGCAUGGAGCAUUUCAUUAAGAAGGUGGAGGCGGCUCACUGCGCUGCCUGCGACCUCUUCAUCCCCAUGCAGUACGGCAUCAUCCAGAAACACCUGAAGUCGCUCGACCACAACCACAACCGCCGGGCCAUGAUGGAGCAGUCCAAGAAAUCCUCGCUAGUAGUUGCGAGGAGUAUUCUCAACAACAAACUAAUCAGUAAGAAACUGGAGCGGUACCUGAAGGGUGAGAAUCCUUUCACGGAUGACCCAGAAGAAAAAGAGGAGCAUGAGGAAGGAGAAGGCGGAGCCAGUGGAAACGUAGAGGAAGGAACAGCAGAAGGAGCUGAUGAAAAUAAGGAUGAAGAGGAAAAUGCGGAAGAAGAGAACCCAGAGGAAGAAAAUCCAGAAGAGGAGAAUCCAGAGGAGGAAAACUUGGAAGAAGAGAAUCCAGAGGAGGAAAAUCUAGAUGAGGAAAACAAGGAUGCCGAGGAGAACCCUGAAGGAGCUGAAAAUGAGGGAGAGCGAGAAGAAAGAGGGACAGAAAUGGAGGCCCAGCCACAAGCACAACCAGAGGUGGAGCCGGCUGCGGGAAACACGGAGGAGCAGAAUUCCCUGCCCACAGAGGAGUCUCUCCCCGAGGAAGAAGAGCAACAGCCUGUAGGAGGCGUGGAGGUGGAAGAUGAGGAGGAAGAGAGCGAGGAAGCUGCUGCAGCACAAGAGGACGAGGAUGCGGAGUAAACUCUGGAUGGGGAAACGGAUCUGUAAAAGACCUGACGUAUUCUGGUUUUUGGUUUUUUUUUAAAAACAUAACUGUAUCUGUGAAUUUCAUAGCACAUAUUUUGAGUUCUCAUUCUACUAAACUCACUUAGGCAGUGGAAGCCUUGACCUGUAAAGUGAUUACAUUUUUUUUUUUUUUUGAAAAAUAUAGGGUGGUUGGUUGUUUGGUUGGUUGUUUUUUUUACCAAAUCUUCAUUUUUAGUAGCUAGGUUUUGUGCGGUCUCUGUUUUUUAGAUGGCUUUGUACUAGGAGAAUUUCCUUUGAGCAUGUGUGCAAACCAGUGCUACUUCACAAUCGGGCAAACGAAACUUCUUUUCUUCCCUUCGAAUUGAAACUUUUCUAUAUUUAACAAAAAUGUGGUCUGUCCCCUUAGCCUGUCUGUCUGGAAACAUCAGAAAUUCGGUUCCGGGCUUUUUAAUUUCUGCCGUUAAGGUUCUGCAUAACUUCCAUGUGACUGUAAUAUCCUCCCUGAUGUUUUAUUCUUCCCUUUAACGCGGAGCGAAACUUAAGUGGUGUCAACGUUUGUCUUGUUUGUAAAAAUGCUUUCAUUUUAAAGGUGAAUGUUUUGGUGGGUGGAGAUAAAAAGGACGAUCCUGAGAUUACCCUGUGACUCUGCCUGAAUUUCUGGUGCCCUGGUAAGGCUUGGGAGAGGUUGGAGGCUUAAAACCGGUCUAAAAACCCUCCGUCUCUGUGCUCUGGUUCGGUAUUUAGGGUUCGGUUCCGCUUUCCUCUCUCCAGCGCUGCAGAUGGAGCCGACUUCCUCGCCUGCAUUAGCAAUAAACACUUAGUUGAAGCUGUCAGCGGUUAAUCAUCGCCUGGAGUAUGGAUUCUUCUUCCUGAAACAAGGGAGAAAUAAGGAAAUUAGUUUCCAGAGGUUAUUCCUGCUACAGCUGUGAGCUUUCUUGCCGGAUGGGUUGAUGGAUAAAGAUGUGUGUAGGCUUGAAUCACCGGCGUGAGGGCAAACGCAGUCUUACGAACCUCCAACUCGGUGGAAAUUCUUUGUACGAGAGAAGUUUCCCCCAGCGAUGCGGGGGCAGAAAGGGAGAUUUAAGGAUCAACGCGAAGACAAAGCGCUGAGUCUCCUCCCCAUCUCAAACCCUUUCCUCCAGCGCGGCUCCCUGAUGGCAGCGACCGCCGGAUGCUUCUGCCGUGUCUGGGAAGUCUGCAAGCUAAUGGGAUCGCGGGAUGGACGAGAGGAGCUCCGUGAGGGGGAAGAUUUCGCCUCCUCCAUGCCGGGGACAUUUAUUAUCCAUGAAAACACCAAGUUCGGGCCCUGAAGUGUUUAUCCUCACCUUUCCCAGCCAUGACUCCUCUCUCCUGCCGAAGGACUCAGGUCCUGAAAUGUUUACCCUCGCCUUCCUGAGCGGUGAACCCCCUCCCUUCUCCUGCAGACGGACAUCUCAAACUCGUCCUGGAAAAUUCUUUUCCAAAUGGAAUUAACACCCUGAGUCACUAAAUAGCUUGUGGGCGCUGUAACGAAUGUGGCUCCUUCCCUCUCGUGUGGCUUCAGCCUGAGGUUGACCCUGUGAGCUGUUGGGUGUCGGGGACUUCGGCUGCCACUUCCUUCCGCCUUUUUGCAUGGAUUUAAUCCGACGUCUGCCAGUUCUGGGGCGUUUUAGCGUAUUAAGUCUGAUCCUUGAUGUGAGUUUGAGCUCAGAGCGGCGUAAUUACCUCUGAGUGCCGUUAGCGGAACGAACUGGGUGCUUCGGAGGAUGGUGGUGGCGCUUGAGGGUGACACGGGGGAUGAUUUUUGAAGGCUGUAAAAGACGAGAGGAGGGUGCGGGGUUAGAAACGCGCCUCGGCAGCGUAAUCUUCACACGUUUUUGCUUUGAAGGCAGGCGGGCAUUCAGCUAGCCACCAUCAUCUGUUCAAUUUAGCCCGUGCCAAGAAGAGAGUCUUAAUUCUGUUGCCUUUUACAGCUGCUGAUUUUUUUUCCUCCUUGCUCAGCAGAGCUUUGUGGUGAUUUCCAGGUUUCCUCCUGUUUUUCCUCUCUGUAGAAACCCUCAGAUGUAGAUUUAAGAAGUCUAGAUUUAAUUAGCUGAUCCCAUCCUGAGGAAAACAACCGGGCUUGGCUUUGUUGAAGUGUUCAGACCCGUGCUUUGCUUGCGUUUUACCGCAUUAAGGAUCGAUGUUUUAAUCAGGGUGGACUUUCAGAAAGGAAUACGGGGAAAUACCUUUGAUUUUAAGGUUUACUUAAGAAAACUGAGCUGCUUUCAUUGGGGUAGGCUCUCUGUAACCUUAAAUAUUGGGUCAUGGAGGUGGUGAGAUCUCCAUCAGCCAGCCAUUCUUUUUAAAAACAAACAAAAUCCGCCUUUAUUUGUAAUAGAGCGAGUUACACCUGCCUCAGACUCUCCCCUUUCGCUGUAUUUCCUUAUUUUCCCCUUUCUGUUGUCCAUACUUCUCUUAACACACCAUUACGCUGGCUUAGAAAAUGAAUUUGAAGAAAAGGAACCAGGUUGUGUGUUAAAUACGCUGCUUCCCAGCUGGUUUUUUGGGGGAGAAAACUCUUCACCUCCUGGUCAGCAGCAACAGCGGCUUCUCCCGUGCCCUUUCACUCGCUCCAGAAGCGUUGGCAUCGAUCGAAACAUCCGCAGAACUUCCAAGGGAGUGGAGUUUGGGCUGCUUUGCUGCGCCGGUUAUCUUUUACCUGUUGGUUUUUUCCACCCACGAGGAGAGAGGAAAAAAUCAGGUGUCAGCACGAAAGAUCAAUUUUGUAAUUAAUUUCCUUCUUGUGUAAUCGGGGCACAGCCCAAGUGAGGUUACCUCGGUGUUCCUGAAGUUGGGGAUGGAAGGAACAACUCGCCUCCUCGUAGCAGAAUCCAGAAAGUGACAUUUUUAUCCCUUCAACAGCUGCUGUUCAGGUUGAUUAAUGGGAAAAUUAUGCAUUUUGGACACUCCCUGGUGCCAUUCUGCUGAGCCUUCUACCUUCUGGUGAGGGAUUAAUCGUAAAGCAGCCCUUCCCUUGGACUCUGAGCUGGGGCAAGGUCUGGCCAAGGAGCGCGUCCUUCUUGAGAGGCAGCUGGUGCUGAGCCUGGAUCGCCAUCCCUGAUGCCAUAGCGAUGAGGUCAGGGCUCAUCCAGCUUCUCGGGAGUGUUUGGGGCUUCACGGUUGCGAUGUAGACAGGUCCCGAUACACGAAAUAUCGCUGUGGGGGUGUGUUCUGGGUCAAAAUCCUUAAACUGUGAGCACUAAGCAUUUCCAUAUCCGCACUUACAUGUAGCGUAAAGGUUUUCAUGGCUCCUCUAGGAUGCAGGCAGUAAACUCCAGACACCUGACAAGAAUUAAUUAGUCAUGCUAAGUAAAAGCCCUGCUCGAAGCUGAGCAGGAUGGACCUCGGUCUGCUGAUGAUCUGCAGGAACAACCCAAGCACUUCGUCCUCGGGGAUGCUGCGGAUUCGGAGCACGUGAACGGAGGAGAGGAAAUCAGCCGGGAAGGACUCGGAGAAGUCGGCAGGUGCUAAAAUCCUUUGGCACCAGCCUCCCUGUAAAUGCUUUCCUUGAACAAACUAUUUCUUAAGGAAAUUGCUGAUGAGUAAUUGAUUGUGUGGAGCUCACCACGGCUCCUCCAAGGGACAGCCUUUAGGAUAUAGCUGCUAGACGUCCGCCCGCCGCUCCAUUUACGCCCGUCACGAUGUUUUUUCGGAUGCUGCCGCUUUUCCCUAAGGAAAGGUGAGCUCAGUUAUUGCUUGGGCUCGCUUCCCUCCACGCUCCAUACAUCUAGCCCCGUCCUGCGUUGAUGUGUUGAAGAACAUGCAAGUAAGUGCCACAAUUCAAAUUUAUGCAGCUCAGCAUAAAUAAGGGUGUUUCAUUUAUCCCCAGAACACCCUUAUGUCGGCAACGGCUACUGCGCUACCCUUGGCAGUGGCCCUGGCUCAGGGGUGGCGGCAGAUUUAACUUAUAUUUUCUGAUUGUUCAGCCCAGAUCUCAGUUUCUGCUAAUGCUCUUGGGUAUUUUAUUGUAUUAGUUAAUAACUAUAAUAAUUAUCACGUGCAGCACUCUAUAAAUCCUGCCUGAUCA